AUUUUCUUUUUUCAAAUUUAGACUUUUGACCACGGCGUCAAUGUUGUUCAGCUUCUUCUCUUCUCCUUGCUUUAUAUGUAUAUAUUCUUCCAACCCCACAGCUUAAAGCCUACAUUUUCAUGGAGCCAACACCAUCCAACCAACUCUUCCUUGUGGCGGUGCUGCUUUUGUCCGCUGUCAUAUGCGCAUUCUCAGCCAAACAAUGCCCCAACUGUGGCCUUACCUCAGUUCCCUACCCACUCAGCACAAACCCCACGUGCGGAGACCAAUCAUACAAGAUACGGUGCAACGCAGGUGUACUCAUUUUCGACACGCUUAACAAUUCCUACCCGAUCAUUUCCAUCAAUCCAUCGAGUCAACGGUUGGUAAUACAACCUGCAAAUCUGUUAUCAAAUACCUGCAUUUCAUCUGAUUUUAUCCACCAAGGCAUCCAGUUGAGCUCUUCCCUACCGUUCAACAUUACCGGCGAGAACACUGUCAUGCUUUUUAACUGCUCCGAGUCGAUACUUGAUCAACCGUUGGAUUGUUCGGAGAGUAGCUUGUGCCACUUAUACGUUAAGGGAGAAGAGUACUCUCGGUGCAGAGAGUCAUCGUUGUGUUGUACAUUCAAAGCGGGCGGGUCAGCGUCGGCCUAUAGGAUACGCGUCCUAGAAAACGGGUGUAGGGCUUAUAGAAGUUUCAUUGGUUUGGAUUGGGGUUUGCCAGUGGAUAAGUGGCCAAACCCGGGUGUGGAGAUCCAGUGGGUGCUUCCUCUGGAACCAGUGUGUGAAUCUCAGGUGGAUUGUGAUGCGAACUCUACGUGUGAGCUCAAACGUUCUGAUGGGGUACGGAGGUGCUAUUGUAAGGUUGGGCUUCAAUGGAAUCCAAUCCAAGGAAACUGUACCCAAACUGGUGGAUGUCAAAGUCCUGGAGGAUGUGACAGACAAACGAAGAAAACACUCAUAACAGCUUUAACUUCUAGCCUUAGUGCAUUGGUCUUGCUGAUCACUAUUGCCAUUCUACUCCACAAACGCUAUAAACGCAUCAGAGAGGCACAAAAACGUCUUGCCAGACACUGCGAAGAAAUCUUGAGUGUUGAUGGAAGCAAAUCAGCAAAGCACUUUACAAGUAAAGAAAUUAAGAAAGCAACAAAAAACUUCUCCAAAGAUUGCCUCAUAGGUGUCGGAGGCUACGGUGAAGUCUACAAAGGCUAUUUAGAGGAUGGCACUGUUGUUGCUGUCAAGUGUGCUAAGGUUGGAAAUUCCAAAGGCACUGAUCAGCUCCUCAAUGAAGUUCGUAUUCUAUGCCAAGUCAAUCAUAGAAGCCUUGUUCGUUUGCUCGGUUGUUGCGUUGAGCUUGAGCAACCUAUCCUAGUUUAUGAGUAUAUUCAAAACGGAACUCUUCUUGAUCAUUUACAAGGCCUAGGACUUGAUGGGCAAAGCCAACUAUCUUGGAUACAUCGUCUACGAAUUGCCCAGGAUACUGCAGAAUGUCUCAGUUACCUCCACAUCUCUGCUGUUCCACCAAUAUAUCAUCGAGACAUAAAGUCGAGCAACAUCCUUCUUGAUGACAAAUUGAAUGCUAAGAUUUCAGAUUUUGGAUUAUCAAGGUUAGCUUAUAGCGACUUGAGCCACAUAUCAACUUGUGCCCAAGGAACUAUUGGAUAUCUAGAUCCAGAGUACUUCAAGAAAUUUCAAUUGACUGAUAAGAGUGAUGUUUAUAGCUUUGGAGUUGUAUUGCUGGAGCUUUUAACUUCUCUAAGAGCAAUUGAUUUAAGUAGAGGAGAAGAUAAUGUGAACUUGGCCAUUUAUGUUCAGAGGAUGAUAGAGAAGGAGAAGUUGAUAGAUAUAAUUGAUCCCAUGCUGAAAGAAGCUUCAAGCAGUUUGGAGCUAGAAAGCAUGAAUGCAAUAGCACUCUUGGCAUUGGCUUGUUUGGAGGAAAAGAGAGAGAACAGGCCUUCCAUGAAAGAAGUCGCCGAGGAUAUCGACUACACUUUGAAUAUCAUAACCACAAAACAUCAUGUGCAAAACUAGCUUACGAGCGAACAUGAUGACUUGUGAAUCAAUAGUUACAACCAAGUUCUCAGUUCUAGGAGAGGUUCAGUGUUUUGGCCAUCGAGCCUCCUCGUCUACCUCUUUCUUUAUUUGUGUUUUUCGUUUUCCUUAGUUUGUGUUUUUGUUUUUAGUUUUCUUUAGUUUGUGUUUUUGUUACAGUGCUUGUAAGGUCUCCUAAUCUGGAGUUUAGUACCCUCCUCGGAUGGGGUCUGUUGUUUUAUAUAUCUGCUUGUUUUGUAAGUGCAUGUUGUUCCAUAAUGUAGAUAAUUGACUAUUUACUAUGA